CAUUGCAAAAUAUUAGCUGCUUCUUAACCAUUGUUUUUUGUGGUAAACGAAAAGCAAAAACGCCCAAACAAAAGCCCUCAUCUCUCUUCGUUUCUUUCCUUCUCUAAAUCCAACGUUCCAAAACGAAUCUAUUGGAUUUCCGAUGGAACUAGAGGUGGUUGGCCGCCACGCGCUGCUCUUUGACGAUGAUGCCAUGGCGUCGUUCGUCAACUCCACGGCGGCUCUCGUCGACUGGAACUCCCUCUCCAUCGACCGGUACGACGUACGACACCUCCUCUCCGGACCUCCUCCGCCCCGAAAGAGGCGUUGUCCAUCCUCUCCGUUUCAAACCGCCGAUGAUACCUUGGAAUCCGAGCUCGAUCGCGAACGUUACUUCGAUUUGCCACUUCCCUCUCCCUCGCCGUCCGAUCAGCAAGAUGAAGAUAAUGAUGAGGAACCUGCUACAGCUGGUGGUGCCUAUAAUGCUGUUGCCUUUUCAUACGGAAACACUGGUGAAUGCAAUGAGCAAAAGGAUACUGAUGCAGAGUCUAGUUUUCAACCACCCUUUCCUGUGCCUGAAAACUUACUUCAAAGCCUACCUCCUACAGAGAAAGUACAUCAGAUCAUUGCAAGAACAGCUAUGUUUGUAAGCAGACAUGGCGGACAAUCAGAGAUUGUUUUGCGGGUCAAACAAGGAGACAACCCUACGUUUGGCUUCUUGAUGCCCGAUCAUCCACUUCACCCAUACUUUAGAUUUCUUGUUGAUCACCAAGAACUUUUGAGCAGCAACUCCGUAGAUGAAGAGAGCAAAAACACAGUACACCUUGAUCAGGCAGGUAGUGUUAAAGGAGGAGGUGCAUUAUCUUUGCUUGGUACUGUAUACGGUUCUGGAGAAGAUGAGGAAGGUGCAAUGGGGAAUGCUACUGAGCUUAAGGGAAAGGAAUCUGUUGGAGCUGAGGUUGCUAUUAAUAAAACAUCAACAGAUGGAUCGGAGCAGAAAGCAUCUUCUGUAGGUGUCAAUGGGAAAGAUGAGACAGUUACAAAGCAUUCAGCUUCUUUAAAGGAAAAGGCUUCUCUGAUAAAAAGAAAUCUUUCGAUAACAACAGUUAAGACUGGAACAACAACAGGGGUGAAGAAAGAAAGUGAUACCUCUGCUACUGAGAAAUCACGAGCCUCUUCUUCGUCGACCACAUCAAAGGUUGACUUACCUGUUGUGGAGCCUUCAUCUGAUUUAAAGAGAGUGGUUGAUAAGAUUGUUGAGUUCAUUCUGAAAAAUGGUAGACAGUUUGAAGCAGUUCUGGUUGAACAAGAUGUUAAGCAUGGGAGGUUUCCAUUCCUGUUGCCAUCCAAUCUUUAUCAUCCUUAUUAUUUAAAAGUUCUUCAAAAAGCUGAAAAGUCAAAGUUACAUGGUAAAGGAUUCAUUUCUGAGAAGCAUGGUUCAUCUGGCCUUGGGGUGGAAAAGAAAGCUGCUCCAUCUCAAGAAAGUGAUAGUGUGUCUGUUGGAUCUGACAUACCGUAUGAAUCUGAGAGGAAAGAGAAGUUUAAAAUGGUAAUCAGCAAAUCAAAGAAGGAUGGACAAGAUCCACCUUCCAAAGCUACCCAGCCGCAAAUUGGAGUUAGUGUGGAUGCAGCUGCUGCUGCUGCUAUUCUUCAGGCUGCCACAAGAGGCAUUAAGAAUCCAAAUUUAGAAAUUCUUUCAAAGACAUCAUUAAAUGUUAGCAGCCAGGCCUCUAGUGGUGAGGGUGGGCAUGUCCCAAGUUUCGGUAGAAAUUCUGGUCCUGUUGCCAAUGUUAUUGCAAAGACGGCAGCUAUUGCAGCUGCAAGUGAGGCUGAUUCGUCUGAGGCAUGCUUGACAAAAGAAGAGAAGUUGAAAGCUGAGAGAUUGAAACGGGCAAAGAUGUUUGCAGCCAUGAUAAAAAGUGGUGCUGCACCACUUAAAACUGAAACAUUGCGAGGCUUAUCUGCUGAAACACCAGAGUCAGGGGUUUCUGGUUCAGGUAUGGAGGGUGGAAAUGUUUCCAGAAAAGAAAGGGAAGGCAGCUCAGUUGCAUUGGAUGUUAAUACUUAUGAUAAAAAUGAAAAGCAUGAAAAGAUAUAUUCUGGUAUUGAACAUAAUGAACGGCGAUCAAAGAGGAAGUACCGUUCCAGAUCAAAAAGACAUGAAGAGGAUAGCAGACAGGAGGAGGAGGAAGAAGAAGAAGAAAAGAAAGGAAUGGACGAGCACUCGGGUAAAAAGCAGCGACCACAUCACUCUUCACACCGUAGCAGGGAUAGGCAUAAGCAUAGAAAAAGGCAUUCCUCUUCAAAGGAUAGAGAUUCUCGACGUAGGCAUAAGCAUGAUAGUAGCUCAGAUGAUGAACGAGGUCAUAAUUCAGAUUACUCUGAGAGUGAUCAUCAUCAUUCUCGACACAGACGGAAGCAAGAUAUCUCUUCAGAUAAUGAACAUCGGAGGUCAAGAUUUGGAAAUGAGCAUGGUGGCUCCUCUGAUGAUGAGGAUCAACGCACUCGGCAUCAGCAUAAGCAACAUAGCUCCUCUGAUGACGAGUGCCGUCAGCAAAGGAAGAGGUCUUACUCAAGAAGAGAGGUGGAAUUGGAGGAAGGAGAGAUUUAUGCAAAAUCAGAUCAAUCUAAAGUUAGUGAGGGCAAUGGUGCAAGUAGGGAAGCAUCUCUGGAUAUAUCAAAACCAGAUACUGAGAGAAGGGCUCCAUCUCUGCCUUCUGAAACCACCACGGUUUCCGAUGAUUUAAGAGCCAAAAUUCGAGCCAUGCUGAUGGCCACCUUGUAAUUAUCAACUUGA